CUUGAGGACUGAGCUCAGGAUCCCUAAAAAGAAAGUUGGAAAAUAGCUCGAUGAACUUGAUCGUGAUGAGGACCUGAGCAUCUGCCUGCUGACAACCCCGGCCUAAAGUGACCAUGGCCCCCCGCAAGAGGAGCCGCCAUGGCCUGGGCUUCCUGUGCUGCUUUGGGGGCAAUGACCUCCCUGAGAUCAACCUCCGGGACAACCACCCUCUGCAGUACAUGGAGUUCAGCAGCCCCAUCCCCAACCCGGAAGAGCUUAAUGUCUGCUUCGCAGAGCUGGUGGAUGAAUUGGAUCUCACAGACAAAAACCGGGAGGCUGUGUUUGCACUGCCCCCUGAGAAGAAAUGGCAGAUCUACUGCAGCAAGAAGAAGGAGCAAGAGGACCCCAACAAACUGGCAACCAGCUGGCCUGACUAUUACAUCGAACGCAUCAACUCCAUGGCUGCGAUGCAGAGUCUGUAUGCGUUUGAUGAGGAGGAGACAGAGAUGAGGAACCAGAUCGUGGAAGACCUGAAGACGGCGCUGCGGACACAGCCCAUGAGGUUUGUGACCCGCUUCAUCGAGCUGGAGGGCUUGACCUGUCUGCUAAAUUUCCUCCGGAGUAUGGACCAUGCCACCUGUGAGAGCCGCAUCCACACCUCCCUCAUCGGCUGCAUCAAGGCACUGAUGAACAACUCCCAGGGGCGAGCUCAUGUGCUGGCCCAGCCCGAGGCCAUCAGCACCAUUGCCCAGAGUCUGCGCACAGAGAACAGCAAGACCAAGGUGGCCGUGCUGGAGAUCCUGGGCGCUGUGUGCCUCGUCCCUGGAGGCCACAAGAAGGUGCUGCAGGCCAUGCUACACUACCAGGUGUACGCAGCAGAGAGGACGCGCUUCCAGACUCUGCUGAAUGAGCUAGAUCGAAGUUUGGGCCGGUACCGGGAUGAAGUGAAUCUGAAAACAGCCAUCAUGUCCUUUAUCAACGCUGUCCUCAAUGCUGGAGCCGGAGAGGAUAAUCUGGAGUUUCGUCUACAUCUACGGUAUGAAUUCCUGAUGCUGGGGAUACAGCCUGUGAUCGAUAAGCUCCGACAACACGAGAACGCCAUCCUGGACAAGCAUUUAGACUUCUUUGAGAUGGUCCGGAACGAGGACGACCUGGAGCUAGCCCGGAGGUUCGACAUGGUGCACAUCGACACCAAGAGUGCUUCCCAGAUGUUCGAUCUGAUCCACAAGAAGCUGAAGCACACUGAGGCCUACCCAUGCCUGCUGUCUGUCCUGCACCACUGCCUGCAGAUGCCCUACAAGCGGAACGGAGGCUACUUCCAGCAGUGGCAGCUCCUGGAUCGGAUCCUCCAGCAGAUUGUCCUCCAGGAUGAGCGAGGUGUAGACCCUGACCUGGCUCCACUGGAGAACUUCAAUGUCAAGAACAUCGUUAACAUGCUCAUCAAUGAGAAUGAGGUGAAACAGUGGCGUGACCAGGCUGAGAAGUUCCGGAAAGAACACAUGGAGCUUGUGAGUCGGCUGGAGAGAAAGGAGCGGGAGUGUGAGACCAAGACGCUGGAGAAGGAAGAGAUGAUGCGGACGCUGAACAAGAUGAAGGACAAGCUGGCCCGAGAGUCCCAGGAGCUGCGUCAGGCUAAGGGACAAGUGGCAGAGCUGGUCGCCCAACUCAGUGAGAUCUCGACGGGCCCUGUAUCUUCCCCCCCUCCCCCUGGAGGUCCACUUCCCUUGUCUUCGUCGGUGACAACCAACGACCUGCCUCCACCCCCACCUCCUCUCCCCUUUUCCUGUUGCCCCCCACCUCCACCCCCACCCCCACCACCUGGAGGGCCUCCCACACCCCCCGGCGCCCCACCUUGCUUCAGCAUGGGCCUCCCCCUCCCUCAGGACCCCUUCCCCAGCAGUGAUGUCCCACUCAGGAAAAAGCGUGUCCCCCAACCUUCCCACCCACUGAAGUCCUUCAACUGGGUCAAGCUGAAUGAGGAGCGUGUCCCUGGCACCAUAUGGAAUGAGAUUGAUGACAUGCAGGUAUUUCAGAUUCUGGACCUAGAGGAUUUUGAAAAAAUGUUUUCCGCCUAUCAGAGGCACCAGAAGGAGUUGGGCUCCACAGAGGACAUCUACCUGGCCUCCCGCAAGGUCAAAGAGCUGUCAGUCAUUGAUGGCCGGAGGGCGCAGAACUGUAUCAUUCUUCUCUCCAAGUUGAAGCUUUCUAACGAGGAGAUCCGGCAGGCCAUUUUGAAGAUGGAUGAGCAGGAGGACCUUGCUAAGGACAUGCUGGAGCAGCUCCUCAAGUUCAUCCCGGAGAAGAGUGACGUUGACCUCCUGGAGGAGCACAAACACGAGCUGGAGCGCAUGGCCCGCGCCGACCGCUUCCUCUAUGAGAUGAGCAGGAUCGACCACUAUCAGCAGCGACUGCAGGCCCUCUUCUUUAAGAAGAAGUUCCAGGACCGACUGACUGAGGCCAAGCCCAAAGUUGAAGCCAUCCUGCUGGCCUCCCGGGAGCUGACUCGCAGCAAGCGUCUGAAGCAGAUGUUAGAGGUUGUCCUGGCCAUUGGCAACUUCAUGAACAAGGGGCAGCGCGGGGGCGCCUAUGGGUUUCGGGUGGCCAGCCUCAACAAGAUUGCUGACACCAAGUCCAGCAUUGACAGAAACAUCUCUCUGCUCCAUUACCUGAUCAUGAUUCUGGAGAAGCAUUUCCCUGACAUCCUAAACAUGCCUUUGGAACUGCAGCAUCUUCCAGAAGCCGCCAAAGUCAACCUGGCGGAGCUGGAGAAGGAGGUUAGCAACCUGAGGAGGGGCCUGAGAGCUGUCGAGGUGGAGCUGGAGUAUCAGAGACGCCAGGUGCGGGAGCCCAAUGACAAGUUUGUCCCAGUCAUGAGCGACUUCAUCACAGUAUCCAGCUUCAGCUUCUCAGAGCUGGAAGACCAACUGAAUGAAGCCAGGGACAAGUUUGCCAAGGCACUGAUGCACUUCGGGGAACAUGACAGCAAGAUGCAGCCCGACGAGUUCUUUGGCAUCUUUGACACCUUCCUGCAGUCCUUCUCAGAGGCCCGGCAGGACUUGGAGGCCAUGAGGAGGAGGAAAGAGGAGGAGGAACGGCGGGCACGCAUGGAAGCCAUGCUGAAGGAGCAGCGGGAGCGGGAGCGGUGGCAACGGCAGCGGAAGGUCCUGGCGAGCAGCACUCUGGAGGAGGGAGGAGAGUUCGACGACCUGGUGUCGGCCCUGCGCUCUGGAGAGGUGUUCGACAAGGACUUGAGCAAGCUCAAGCGCAGCCGCAAGCGUUCAGGGAGCCAGGCCCCAGAAGCCACCCGUGAAAGGGCCAUUAACAGGCUAAAUUACUGACCUGGGGAAUGG